AUGAACGGACCCCGCCCCCCUACUAUCAAGCAGUUUGGCUUGACGCAGAUCUACACUCCGCGUGACGAGCCGACGAUCGAUAUCGUCUUUGUUCAUGGCCUGAACGGUCAUCCCCAGAACUCUUGGACAAGCAAGAACACUGGUUGCUUUUGGCCAGUCGAUCUCCUACCUGAUAUCCUCGCCGCGCAACGUCCGCGCAUCCUUACCUACGGUUAUAAUGCAAAUGUGACUGCCUUCACAGAUGGAGUAUCCAAAGACUCGGUCGUGAGUCAUGCUGAAACUCUCGCAUCAAGCCUGGCUGCCAACCGGAAUUUGCGAAAUGCCACCAACCGUCCAAUCGUCUUCAUCUGUCAUUCACUGGGAGGUCUGGUUGUGAAACGUGCCUUGAUCUACUCCCGAAGUCUCUCAAACGAAAAGACCGAGCAUUUGCGCUCGGUCUAUGUGUCCACCUUUGGUAUUCUCUUCCUUGGCACACCUCAUAAUGGAUCCGAUAUUGCGAAAUGGGGCCUGCUCUUGAACAACAUAUGCAACGCUAUGCUUCCAAAGAAGUUCAUAGAGACGUCUCCCCAGCUAGUCAAGACUCUGCGGGCUAAUAACGAGACCCUACAGCAUAUCAAUAGCUUGUUUGUCGACAUCAUGGGCCGGUUCCACAUCUACUUCUUCCACGAGACACGAUCUACUGAUGUGCGAGGUACCCGAGAAGUGAUUGUCGACGAACACUCGGCGGCACCAUAUAUGGAUGGGGUUGAAAGAAUGGGAAUCGAAGCUGAUCACAGUCAUAUGUGCAAGUUCGAUGACGAUAAUGCUGCUGGCUACGAGGCUGUCGCAGAAGCCAUUCUUCGCUAUUCACGCCAGGCUCCUACUGUUAUUUCGACUCGCUGGGUUGAGGAGAGAAAUACUCGCACCCAGGAGAAGAAAGCAAAGGCGAGGGAAAUAUAUGAUGGCCAAUCCGUACCAAAUCUACCACGCGCCCCAGCAUCAGAGGGCCGCAAUUCUCCUGUCUCAGAAAUGGGGAAUAGUGGCCUUCUUCAACUCUCUCAUUAUUCCAACAAUGGGAACAACCCUCCUUUCUUUGUAGCACCCCCGGGAUUUCACCCAAACGCCACUUUUUUUGGCAUGCAAAAAGAGCUCGAAGUGUUGCAUAACCGACUUUUUACGACUGCAGCGCGUGCAAAACGGACAAUGGCCAUCUUGAUAUCCGGCGUUCCUGGAUCUGGAAAAACACAUCUUGCUAGGCAGUAUGUCUUCACUCAACGAGAUUGCUACCCCGGAGGUAUCUUCUGGAUUGAUUCCAAGUCCCGUGAAGCAUCAUAUAAGUGCUUUUGGGAGAUCGCACAAGCAGCAUCCCUCAUCGAGAAGAGGGAAAAAACAGAUGCGGAUCUAAAUCCAGCUCAGACAUAUGUGAACGAGGUUCGCAAUUGGCUUCAAAAUCGCCAGGAUUGGCUCCUGGUCUUCGAUGGCAUCACAUUCAGCGACGAAAAUGAGAUCAACCUUUUCAGGAACUUCUUGCCAUGGAACAAAAACUGCAGCAUCAUCUAUACCUCAGUCGACACGACCCUGCGGAAAAAGCAAAGAUUAUACGAGCCAUACUGUUUGAUGAUCUCCCGCUUGCAUGUCGAGGACGCUUGCAAGCUUCUUUUCAAAGAUCUUGGAAUAACUCGACCCACGCCUGAGCAGAUAGUGAAAGCGACUCGGAUAGUUGAGCACUAUGAAUGCCUACCUCUGGCGAUACACGCCAUCGGCCAUCGUUUGAACGCAACUGGCAAACCGAUAGAGAAAUACCAUCUCAAAUCACAAGUGACUGACAAGAAGCUCGCAGAGCCAUUUCUGAGCAUCAUGAAUGACCUUUUUCGGUUGAAGCAGGAACAGGCGCUGCGUCUAAUCAACCUCCUUUCCUUCCUAGGCCACCAAGUGCCCGUGGGUCUUUUGGCCUUGGGAAGAAGUGUCAUGACGGAAGAAAAUCUGGAGAUCCAGACAAGUGCUCGGACAGGAGAUGUCCCAGAUUUGGAUACCACUCUUGGAACUCUCAUCCACUAUGGUUUAAUUGAGCGGACUUCGGAUGCAGAUGUUCUGCAGCAAAGAUCAUCCAUGCAUAGCUCCGAUUCGGACACCAAAAACCUGCCAGAUCUUUCGGAAUCCUUGGGUGAGAGCAGCCAAGAGGAGUUCUUUUCUAACUACCGCAACAAUUCCGCGGUUGAUGUUAUCAAGAUUCACAGCGUCGUGCAGGGAUUCUGUCGCGAUGAACUGCGAAUCCAAGACGAAGAGCUCAAAGGUGUUUUGAGAAGGGGCGACGAUGGCUACUUUGACAUGUGGUUGAUGACAGCCACCAGAUUUCUUCUGAAGUCAUACGAAAUAGCCGUUGAACGGAUGGACACUUACCCUGAUUGUGGCCUGGUUCGGGACUAUCGAGAAUAUGAGACUCAUGCCUCACGGCUGGCUGAACUCUACCCAAAGAAAGCUUUGAAGAACUUUCAUUCUCGAAGGCUUUGGCAGACACGGGAGUUGCUGCGACAAUUGAUGAAGAAGAUAAGCAAACGGAUUCAAGAUAUCUCUCCAAGUUCCUCACAGCACUUGACUCAACAUCAGAAGUCGGUCUUCGAUCGAUCAAGCAGCUCAUCUUCUUCUUAUCGGGAGUCAUCUGCUGCGGGAGGCUUGUCCCGCAGGUCGACUUUCAACUUCAGUGAUAUGGGGACACCGCGGGCGGAAUCCCCAGAGCAGAUGGUUAUGCCACCUCGGUUUAAGCUGGAGCUUUUCCCUCCACAUAUAUAUCGACAGACUGGAUAUGAGUCUGAAGAAGGAUAUGAGACAGACGGCGAGGCCAAGGGUGGAUUUCGAAUUUCUCCAGCUUUGUCUCAGGCAAGCCAGAUCACAGAGAAGCCCGACCUGUCACCCCCAUCAACGAGUCCACCGGGACUUUCUGCCAUAUGGAGUUGGAGUAUGGGCGCUCGAGCUCAGAAGCAAGCGCGCCUUGAUCAGAGAAAGACAAGGAAAAAGAAAGAUGGCCUUACCAGAGUUACCAGCCGAUUCGGGGACACAAAAGCCGACAUGCCACUGACUGAGGUGUCUUCCAUCCAAGGACUUGGUUCAUCGAGUCGUACGCCAUCUUCAGACACGCGGAUGUUCUCAAAUUCUGCCUCAGAAGCAGAAAAAGCAUUGGCUGCCGUUCGCCGGUCGAGCAGAUCUCAAGCUGCGCCCGAUCCCCUGAAGCUCGCAGUUCCUCUGCCAAUGGAUCAAGAGACCAUGCCGGUAGUAUUACCAAGGCUUGAGAGCGUGGCUACUCGACGCAUAUCAGAAGUGGAAUCUGCAGUCAAGCGCCCAUCAUCAGUUCCAGUAUCCCGGGCACUGGAUCAUUCCAGUGGGCUACAAAUGAAGCCUUCCAUAGAGUCUCUUGAUGGCCGAGCAGGCUAUGCCUUCGCGUCACCACUGUCCAACGAAUGGACAGCCCAUGAGCUGGCGGAACCAAUGUCUCGGCUCACUUAUAGCGAGUCCGGAGUCGAAGGGUUCAAUACCGCAAUGGAGCGAAUGGACUUCCAUACCGCACCUGGAUCUCGUGUCCCUUCUAGACGUGCUUCGACUGCACAGAUUGGAGCCCCAAGAAGCUUAUCCGCAAGCGUGCCAACUCUCAAUCAAGUUCAAGUUCCAGCACCCCUUCCAUACGAUGAAAACAUUUCCAUCACCCGCCCAAGGCGCAGGAGGUCGUCUCAAUUAGCACCGGGCUCUGUCACUCCCUCACACCCAUCUGUGAUCAUGCCUGGCGCACCAACACUUCCCACAGAUCAGCAAUUACCAGUCGGAUCUGCCCCCGAACGUCCUCUUCCCGGGAGCAUGACCCGUGGCCCCUCCGGCCUCUCUCAUCAAUCAUGGGCCACAGAGCCCGUGCGGUAUCCUCCACGCUUCUCGCCCUUCCCCAGCUUUUCACAACAACCAGAGCCAGCGCCCAGUGCGUUAUUGAAUGCCGAGCAGCAACAACUCUUCGGAGGAGGAAGUUGGACAAGCGACCUUUCCGGGAGCAGUGCUCUCCAGUCCGAUCCUAUCUACCCCAGCCCACCACAGCAGAGGCGCUUAAGCUCGAUGGACGAACGAGUCAAAUUCAUGGAUCCAGACUGGGAUACAGAGUUUGAGACUUCACAGUACUUACAUCUCGGAGCGCAUCGCGUUGACGUCCGGGAUCCGCAUUUGAGAUUGCAUGAAUCCACUCGACUUCGAGCACCUGAGUACGGGCCUCAAUACCAGUUGUAUCAUUCCAAUCUGUCUGGCCCGUUGAUUCAGCAUGAUGGCCAUAUAUAUGCACCUGCACAUCCUGUGGAGGCAUACGGAUCCCGUCCACGGAGCGGGAGCUCGCCCUCCCGCCCAAACUAUGCUGGGCUGGGUGUGCGAUUUUGA